AUGAUAGAUGAUGUUGAAGCUAAUUAUAAUAAAGGUUUUGCAGUAAGAAAAGCACUAUUAGGCGACUCAACAACUGUACGAUGUGAAAUUCCUCUUAACAGAUAUUCUUUCUUUGAAUCAUUAGAGGACAAACUUCUUCCAAAUACAAAAAUUGAGUUGAAUAUAGAACUAGAAUCGGAUAACAAUCUUAUCUGGCGAGUCGGUGGAAAUGAUUGUAGAGUUAUACUAACAAGAUUUCAACUAUUUGUUCCAAGAUUAACAUUUAACUCAGAAGGACAAAAACUAUACAUGGAAAAUUAUCUCAAACCCUACAAAUGGGUGUAUCUUAAUGAAGUAGUAGAGCGAUCAAAUAACUCUCAACAGCAAACAGGUCAUUUUAGAAUUACAAAUGCUAUCUCAAAACUACGUCAUGUCUUUGUUUUUGGAACUAACACAGCCAAUAUUGAUUCACAAACAGAAAAUCCAUUCCUGUACAACACUUUUAACCUACCAAACAAUGCAAAUAUAUCUCGCUGUUAUCUCGAGGUUGGAAAUGGAAAUGAGUACCCUGAUAUUCACUUUAAACCAGCUACAGAUCCAUCAAGAGUUUUCAGAGAAGUAAUGGGUUAUGUUUAUGCAAAUAACGACUUUCAAGGUGGAACACUUCUCAAUAGAACAAAUUUUGAGUCUUUGUUUCCUUUUGUUUAUUUUGAUCUUACAAAACAAAAAAUGGAUAUAAAAGAUGGAGUUACAAAACUUGCAUUUCAUUACGAAUUAUCUGCUAAUCCAAACGCUGAUUAUAAUAUUUACGCUCUGUUGCUUCACGAGCGAGAGGCAGAAAUAGAACAACAAGGAGGAAAACUAUUGCUUAGAGCUUAA